UGUCACCUCCACCUGCUGUGGAGAUGUGUGUGGGAGGACAUGGUGUCACCUCCACCUGCUGUGGAGAUGUGUGUGGGAGGACAUGGCGUCCCAGACCUACCAUGCUGAGCCUAUGUGGGAUAGGGGUUCCAUCCAAAGAAAGCAGUAAACCGUGUCAGUUGGAAAGGUACCUCAAAAGGCAUCUACUAUAAAGGCCAAGUUCCUUAUAGACUUUGCCUCUUGGCUUCAGGCUUUACUUUAUCCAAAGUCCAGCUCAGUGUAUACCCUUAGUUUCCUGCCUCAAAGUGAAGAUGAUGUGACAUCACCGAUCACUGCUGGAUGUGAGCAGACACGAGAAAGCAAAGACUACAUUGAAGGUACAAGAAUAUAAAAAUUUCAUCUCCACACCAGUAGGCACAGGCUCAGAUCACAAAAGCAAUGAGAGCUGAUGUCGUAAAUAAUGCCACUGGGGAUCUGUGUCUACCAACGUGGGACUCAUUUCUGAAGCCUAUACAUUUUGUUCUAACCAUUGCAUGUAACCGUUGCUGGUAUUCUUUUUCAUUGUUGUUUGGUCCAAAGGGGCCAAAAACGUAGAUGGGAGUUUCUCUUUUUGUCUCUAAUGAAGCUCUGAGGGAUACUGGUCCCAGUAGCCAAAGAGACUGCCAUAAAUGACUGUUCUGUGAUUGUUCUGAACAUCUUUCCCACUCAGAAGACCAAGACCCUAUACAUCUGCUCCUCACUAGCUUAGGACUCGCCAAUGUUUCCAAGACAUCACAAACCCCGAAAUUAGGCCAAGGUGAACAGCGUUGGAUAGCAUCAACCUCCCUUCCCAGGUAAGGUUAUAACAGUGGAGGCACACGUAUUUUCCUAUCAGGGUUGAAGUUAUUGCCUCCUUCCAGGGGCAGAAGCCAGUGUGGAAGCCUGAAUCCAUUGUUAUCGCUUGUGACAAACACAACACCAACAGACCGUUUCUCUGACGUUCUGAGCUGAGGAGGAGUUGGAGGAGAGCUGAGAGAUGUAAAAACAGACAUAGCUAUUCUUAGAGGCUGUGUGGCCUCAGGGAUGCUCAGGUAGAAAAUACAUCAGGGCUGAGUGUUGGAGAGCAGAUGUGUAGACAGGCUGGGUGCAUCCUGGGUUAUCAAUUCUAUGAACUGAUUUGCAAAUGUGAUCCUGCCUGGUGCUCUAUCACACCAUGCCCAUUUAGGUUUUCAAUUUACUGUCUCCUAUUCACUUGGGCUCAGACCCAUGAGAGGCAGCAACCAGUCCAGCGUCUCCGAGUUCCUCCUCCUGGGACUCUCCAGGCAGCCCCAGCAGCAGCAGCAGCUCCUCUUCCUGCUCUUCCUCAUAAUGUACCUGGCCACUGUCCUGGGAAACCUGCUCAUCAUCCUGGCCAUCGGCACAGACUCCCGCCUGCACACCCCCAUGUACUUCUUCCUCAGUAACCUGUCCUUCGUGGAUGUCUGCUUCUCCUCCACCACUGUCCCCAAGGUGCUGGCCAACCACAUACUCGGGAGUCAGGCCAUUUCCUUCUCUGGGUGUCUCAUGCAGAUGUAUUUUCUCUUUGAACUUACAGACAUGGACAAUUUCCUGCUGGCUGUGAUGGCCUAUGACCGGUAUGUGGCCAUAUGCCACCCCUUACACUACACAACAAAGAUGACCCAUCAGCUCUGUGUCCUCAUGGUGGUUGGGUCGUGGGUUGUUUCCAGUCUGAAUGUUCUGUUGCACACCCUGCUCAUGGCUAGACUCUCAUUCUGUGCAGACAACAUCAUCCCCCACUUCUUCUGUGACAUCACUCCCCUCCUGAAACUCUCCUGCUCAGACACACACCUCAAUGAGCUGAUGAUUCUCACAGAGGGAGCUGUGAUCAUGGUCACCCCAUUUGUCUGCAUCCUGGUCUCCUACACCCGCAUCACCUCUGCUGUCCUGAGAGUCUCAUCCGCGAGGGGAAGAUGGAAAGCCUUCUCCACCUGCAGCUCCCACCUGGCUGUGGUCGGCCUCUUCUAUGGCACCAUCAUCGCCGUGUAUUUCAACCCCUUAUCUGCACAUUCAUCUGAGAAGGACACGGCAGCCACCGUGCUGUACACAGUGGUGACCCCCAUGCUGAACCCUUUCAUCUACAGCCUGAGGAACAGGGACCUGAAAGGGGCACUACGCAAAGUGGUCCAUAAGAAGAUGCUCUCUUUCUGAUCAGUGUAUACUGAGUCUAUGUAUCACUCUCAUCUUUUUCUGUCACCAGUAUCUUGUCAGACAAAAGGUUCCCAGCCACACCACGAAGGAUGGACAGCUGCAGAACAAGGGACGACAGAACUUGAUUCCAGGACCCCCACCAUCAUCCCAGGACUUCAGAAGCUACCCUCCCCAUUCCCCAAGAGCCAACCGAGGCCCACCAUUCAGCCGGAAGCAGUCUUUGAGAGAACCGAUGCCCCAUACCCACUUAUCCACCAUUUUUUCUUUUCUUUUCUUUUUUUUUUUUUUUUUAAAAAAAACAAGAGUCCGGGAUGAUAGGGAUUCACAACAUGGCCCCAUGGUUGGGCAUGUUCACUCAUGCCUGGCCAACCUAGUCACUUCUGACUAGCCAGUUCCAGGUCAAAAUGUCUCCUGUGACCAGGACCCCAUGGCUUUGCGUGGUUGCCUAAAGCGUGCAUGCAUGGAGAAGCCACAUGGGCCUGUGUGCACAGCCUUUAUAAGCGGCGCCAUAUU